AUGGAGCUGCCUAUAAUUUUCGGGCGGAACACUCGCCUACUUCAACAGCUAUCUUCCGCUCUUCUAUUCUUCACUAUUCUCGCUUGUCCAACCUCAGGAGCUUCAAUGUCUACCAAGUCUCUUUCUGCAUCCCAGCCUGAUACUACCUCCACAUUUCAUCCUCUCUUACCACCUGCUAUCCCCUUAGCUGUCAAAUCACCCUAUCUAUCGGCAUGGCUUGCGACUGGUAAAGAAGGUGGGAACGGUGGCUAUCUAGCUGGCCGUUGGGCUCAAUUCUGGCCGAUCCAAUUCCCUGAAAACCCGACUGCCUAUAGAUUAGGAUGGGCGGGUCUGAUUACUGUGAACGGCAAAACAUAUGAAUUCAUGGGUCAGCCAAAUGACGACGAUAUUGGAAAUGGAAAUCUUCGUGCCACCCAGCUCUCAUUCAACUGUACCCCAAGUCAAAGCGUUUUCAAAUUCGAAGCCGGCGGGGUUCACUUCCUGGUCACCUUCUUGAGCCCGUUGCCGACUGCAGGCGAUCUAGUCAGACAAAGUUUACCAUUUAGCUAUUUGUCAAUUGAACUCCUUGAUGAGCAAGCCUCGAGUUCCUCGAAAGACGAUCAAGUGAUCGUUUAUACGGAUAUCCAAGCGGAUUGGGCCUCUGGGGAUCAUAGCGUCACUGCCACUUGGUCGCACACUGAUUCUGAAAAAUUCGUCAGCUACCAAGUCGGCCGGAAAGAUCAAUUGCUAUUCUCUGAAAAUAAUGAAUAUGCCGAAUGGGGACAAGCUAUUUAUGCUACUCCAAAAAUAUCAGGCUUGACAACAGCAUCUGGUGUAGCCUCCGCACUUCGAAAGGAGUUUGUUAGCCAAGGGAAAUUGAGUGGAACGCAAGACACCGAGUUUAGGGCCAUCUCCGACCGAACUGCGGGCUUUGGAUAUUCAGCACCACUCACUCGAGGCCAGCCUGUAGUAUUUUCCAUUGGACAUGUGCGCGACCCAUACGUGCAGUCGAUUGAGAAGGUCCCAGGAGGAGACGCCCAGGGAACCAUGGUACAAAAGUGGGGUUAUUGGAGGAGCAAAUUCAGUCAAACGUCCGAUGCAAUCAGCUUUUUCUUGGAAGAUUAUUCAAAAGCCAUCCAAGCUGCACGCGACAUCGACAAAAAAAUCACAGAGGACGCGAAGAGGCUCGGAGGAGAUGACUAUGUCGCCAUCGUCAGUCUGAGUGCUCGUCAAGCCUUGGGCGCCCUGGAAAUCACAAUUGGCAAAGACUCGGCUGGAAAGUUCGAUGAUUCUGAUGUGGCUGCCUUCUUGAAAGAGAUAUCUAGCAAUGGCGAUAUGAGCACUGUCGACGUCAUCUUCCCGCAAUUCCCUAUCCUCACUUACCUUGAUCCAGCAUUGUUGAAAUUAAGCUUGGAACCAAUUUUCAAGUACACUGAAAGCGGUUUAUACCCAAACAGAUGGACUGUUCAUGACUUGGGCCGAUACCCGAAUGCAACUGGUCACAAUGACGGCAAGGACGAGUCAAUGCCAGUGGAAGAAGCAGGAAACGUGAUGAUCAUGGUUCUCUCUUAUUACCAACUAACAAAGGAUGUAGAAUGGCUAAAAAAGCAUUACAACACCUUAACACAAUGGACGAAGUUCUUGAUCGAUGAUGGGUUGGUUCCGGCAGAGCAAUUAUCCUCGGAUGAUUUUGCAGGGAAGCUUGCCAACCAGACUAACUUGGCAUUGAAAGCAAUCGUCGGCAUCGGCGCCAUGGCUCAGAUUGCGACAGCCACCGGUGAUACAGAGACCGGAACCAAGCUGAGAUCAACAGCUGAGGAUUAUAUCUCCAAAUGGACUAAAUUCGCCCUGGCUGAUAACGGCAAACAUACAAAACUCGCCUAUCAACUCGAUGAUUCUUGGGGAACUCUAUACAACUUAUUUGCAGACCGACUGUUAAACUUGAAAUUAGCACCUCAAUCAAUUUAUGAAACACAAGACAAAUUUUACCCUACGGUUUCCAAUGAUUAUGGUGUUCCAUUAGACAGUCGACAUACCUGGGCCAAAACAGAUUGGCAGAUGUUUGCAGCAGGAGCUUCAGUAAGCACUGAGACUCGAGACCUGUUCACAAGCAAACUAGUCAAAUACUUGCAAGCCAACAAGGUCAACGCUGGAUUCCCUGAUCUUUACGAAACGCAAACUGCUGAGUACCCAGGAAGAUCAAGCACGUCUACGUGGAAGAUUCAAUUCAUCAAUCGACCCGUCGUUGGUGGACACUUUGCUAUUUUAGCAUUGGAUAAAGCAAAUCAAGCUAACGGCGUGACCGAAUUUCCAUUCAAGAACCGGGGCUCCUGAAUCAAAGUUAAAACCCACUCAAUUCCUUGCAUCAAUUCAACUCAAGACCGAAAAUGGACGUGGACUCUUUCAAAAGAAACCCUCAUGAUACCCUAGUACACUUCCCCUCCUCAUCAUAGUCAAUCUGUGACUAUUUAACUCGCUGCCUUACUUGAUUAUCAAAGACGCUAUUUGAAAGCCAUUGGAGGGACACCCUUCACAUCCUCAUUUUUUUCCUCUUUUUUGUUUUUGUUGAUUCAAAAAAAAAAUGUAUCUUGAUUGUUCUUGCGAAAGCGAUGGACGCAAAAAAAAUUGGAAUAUACAGU